AUGGAUACCAGUGGAUUUUUAGAUUUAGAUAUAAAUUCAGGUACAACAACACCAAAUAUAAGAAAUAGUGUCACAACAUCAAAUGAUAUAAUGUCAUCAAUAUUUGAUACAAUACCAACUAAAGAAAAGAAAGUUGAUGCAGCAGUAGAAUCUAUUUUUGGUACAGAGGCCGCAAAUAGUCCUUUAAUUUCAUCAUCAAUACCUCCAAUACCAAUUGAAGCAUCAACUUCUACUCAACAACAACAACAACAACAACAACAACAAGAAGAAAUUAUACCAUCUCAACCAAUAAGUGUAACUAAAGAAAAUACAGUUACAACUACUACAACAACCACUGCAACUACUGCAGUACCAACUACAACUACUACACCAACAUCCACAUUGAUCAAUAGUGAACCAAUUGUAGUAAAUCCAUUAGAAGUUAACAUUAAUACAAAAGUAGAUGAUAGUGACAGUGACCAAGAUGAACAAAUUAAAAAAGAAAAUGUAGUUCAUGAAAUAUUCACACCAAUUGUAUCAAUAAUAAAUAAUAAUAAUAAUAAUAAUAAUAAUGAAAUUGAUAAUAAUAAUAAUGGUAAUAGUAAUGAAAAUACAACAACAACAACAACAAAUAAAGAUAUGAAUAAUAGUUUUUCAAUGGGAGUAACAACUGCAUCAAAAGAUGAACAUAUUAUAUCCACAACAACAGUUGGUACAAUUGAGCAAGAGAUUCAUGAAAAACAAGAAGAACCUUUAAUUUCACCACUACAAUCUGAAUUCAAUAAAAUCUUCUUUUCAACCAUUCCAUUAGAAAAAAAACCUUUAGAAAUUUUAAAAAUGAAUGCAUUCACUGGUGCUUUAAAAUAUUCACCAUUGAGAGGUAUUGCUUGGAAGUUAUUUUUAGGUGGAUUAGAUAUUAAUAGAGUUGAUAAAUGGGAAAGAGAUAUUACUCAACAAAGAAAAAGAUAUGAAAAAUUAAAAGAAGAACAUUGUUUUGACCCAAGAAAUUCAAAUUCAACAUAUGAUCCAUUAUCUCAAAAUGACGAUUCACCAUGGAAUAAAUUCUUUAAAAAUUUAGAUACACAAAAAAUUAUUAAAAUUGAUUUAGAGAGAACUCAUCCAGAUAAUGAUUUCUUUUCAAAUCCAGUUAUUAGGGAAAUGAUGGCAACCAUUUUAUUUGUUUAUUCAAAAACCAAUGGUAUCAUCUCUUAUAGACAAGGUAUGCAUGAAUUAUUGGCACCAAUCAUUUAUUUAUACAAUCAAGAGUAUAGUAGCUAUAAGAAAUUGGAUGAAAAUUCAUCUUCAACUUUAGUUGAUUUCAUUUAUAAUAUUAAAUAUUUAGAACAUGAUACUUUUGCUAUCUUUGAAAGGUUAAUGAAAUUUACUUCAGAUUGGUAUGCUCCUGCACCAACUCAACAAACUAAUAAUUCAAAUAAUUCAAAUAAUACAAAUAAUAAUAAUACAACAACUUCUCCAUCAUCAUCAUCAUCAUCAUCAUCAUCAUCAACAACAACAGCAGCUGCAACAACAGUAUCAUCAUCAACAUCAACAUCAUCAUCAUCAUCAACAAUAACAUCAUCUUCAUCAUCAACAGUUUCACCACCACCACCUUCGUCAUCAUCAUCACCAUCACCACCACCACCACCACCAUUAGGUAGUAAUUCACCAACAGUAGCAUCUUCAUCAUCAAGUAGUGUACAGGAUAAUGAAGAAGAGGAAUUAUCAUCAAAAUGUAAUGAUGUUGUUUUAAAAUGUAAAUAUAUUCACUCAAUUUUAUUAAAACAAAAAGAUUUUGAACUUUAUCAACACUUGGAUUCCUUAGAUAUUGAACCACAAAUUUAUUUACUACGUUGGAUUCGUUUAUUAUUUGGUAGAGAAUUUCAUUUUGAUGAUGUUUUAAAUAUUUGGGAUGCUCUUUUUGCUUAUGGUGAAAAUUUAAUUUUAAUUGAUUAUUUUUGUAUUUCAAUGUUAACUUAUAUUAGAGAACAUUUAUUAAAAAGUGAUAGUAUUUAUGCAUUAAAAAGAAUUUAUAAAUAUCCACCAGUUGAAGAUGUUUAUAUGUUAAUUAAAAAAGCAUUGGAAAUUAAGGAUUCUAAUUGUUCAAUUGCAGGUAUGGUAAAAACUGCUCAACCACCAACAACUUUAUCAUCAAGUGGUUCAAGACAAAUUCCAAAUAAUAAUAAUAAUAAUAAUAAUAAUAAUAAUAAUAAUAAUAAUAAUAAUAAUAAUAAUAAUAAUAGCAAUAAUAAUAUUAAUAAUAACAAUAAUAAUAGUAAUAAUAAUAUUACUACACCUUCAACACAAGCAAAUACAUUACCAUUCCCAGAGACUUCAACAUUUGAAUCAACAACCUCAUCAUUCCAACCAUAUUCUUCACAAUUAUCAUCAGCAAAUACAACACCAAUUGAUCCAUUAAGUAAUAAAACAACUCCAUUAAUUUCCUCAACUUCAAAUGUUAGUAAUACUCCAAAUAUAACAUCAACAUCAACAUUAUUAUCAUCAUCAUCAUCAUCAUCAUCAUCAACAACUACACCAUUACAAAGUCAUACACCAAUUUUAACUCAUAAUAAUAAUAAUAGUCAUUUUUCACCAUCACCAUCAUCUUCAUCAUCAUCAUUAAAUAAUAGUUCACAUGUUUCAAUACCAGUGAAAUCGAAUGUUAAAGAUAUUUUUGCAAAUAGUAAAGAAUCUGAUUUAUUUAGUUUAUUCUCAACUGCAACUACACCAAUCAACAACAAUACAUCAUCAUUAUCUAUUUCCAAUCCAACUAUAUCAAUUGGCCAAGCUAGAACUCUUAAUAAACAUAAAUCAAUGACAUUACCAUCAUCACCAUUAAUCUCUCAAGAUAGUGAAGCACUAAAACAAUUAAAAAAUACUCAAAUCGAAUUUGGUAAUCAAUUAAAAGAGGUUUUACCAUUCCUUGAAAAAGGUAAAAACUUUUUACUUGGUAAUGAAGAUGAACUUUCAAAAUCUGAAAUUGAUGAUUUUAUAAAAGCUCUUGAAAAAGUAAAACAAAUUCAAGAAAUUUUAAGUAAUAAUAAUAUUAACAAUAAUAAUGAAAAUAAAUUAUAA